AUGCCAAGUGACCACCGUUUGCGUGCCGUUCUGGCGGGAGCUGACAUGGCCAUGAUGCAGCAGUCACAGUUCCUUGGACAGUCCGCACAUGCGAUCGCUUCUACAUCGCGCAUCCCGCUCCCAUCUUGUGAGUUCAGCAAGCGCGGGAAUAGCGGGUUUGGGCGCCGUGGGCUGGGCUGAUCGGACGCUUGCGUUACAGACCAUUCCGUCAUCGCUGCGCCGCCUCAGGCCAACGGCGCGAACAACACCAACCCUUUCCCAUCCCACCUCUUGAACGCGGUCGGUGCUCAUGCGUCAGUACCCGAAGUGUCGACCGAUCCCUCGAGCGAGCAACAGUCGGUCUACGAUGCGCUGUCCUUGUUUACGGGGCCCCACAAUCAAACUGUACCGAGCUACGGAGCCGACAACUACGCUUGGACGGACUCUGCGAUGCUCAAAUUUGACUUCAACCUCCUAUCGGCUCUAGUAUGUUUCCAACAAAUGAAGUCCUGGUCGUCAUAUCCCUUGCAGCCCUCGGCCCAAGACCCCUAAGCUGACUUCCCAUUGUUUCCACUAACGCCGCAGGAGUUCGGCCAGGACGAGUUGCGCGUGACCGAACCGUUCGAAACAGAUCACGAACAUCUCUUCCACCACCCCUCGCGGAUGACCUCCGGCUCGACAAGUCUUGGCUCCGAUGCGAACGCGCAUCAGAUCCGGUCUGCGAGCACGAGCUAUCUGGGCACCCCGACCCACUCGGCAUCCUCGCCAUCGACCUCCCUCCCACUCGACGAGCACAUGCCCCACUACUUCACCGUUUACUUUGAUCGGUUUUGGCAGCUGUUCCCCAUCGUGAAUCGCCAACGGCUGACCGCUCAGGUCCAGGCGAACGAGCACCGGCGACCGGGACCGAUUGCGCAGCUCGUCUUGUCCAUCGCGGCUCUUGUCGAGACGUCGGACUAUUUGGAGAACUCGCCUCACGACGGAGACCCGAUGAACACACGCGUCGGGCCUGUGCUAUCCUACGCCAGGACGACAGUGUUCUCGCCACUUCGUGAAGAGGAUGUGCAACUCGACCAAGUCAUCGCGGUGAUGAACCUCUUCGUCGCCGAAGACAUCCUUGGCAACCGUCGCGCGGGCUGGUACCGUCUUCAGGAAGCCAUCACGCUUGCGCAGGUGCUGCAGCUGGACCAAAUACCACAGCAUGCCCAUGCUCUCGAUGGAAGCGACCAGGGCGCCAUCGAGGGCCUCAAAACAUUCUACAUCCUCUUCAUCUGCGAGCGCGCAACGUCAAUGUUACAGCGACUGCCGACGAUUGUACACCGCCCUCUACGACUACCCGACAACGCGUACCAACUGACCCAGCAGCGACUCUCAGCCCUUCCGCCUUCUUUGUUCAGUGGGUUCCCGAUGCCGCAUCUGCGCCUCUUCAGCUUGAUCAACAGUCAGGUAUUGAGUUGCUGGCACGGCACCUGCUCGGUCGCCCCGAAUGGAUGUACGGCCUGGUCCGUCGACAAGGCCUUAGCGCUGCAGCGAGACUUAGCGAACGAGUUUACAUCCGCACUUAACAUGUACAGGAACGCAUUGAACGCGGUGCCUUCCACAAACGGGAUCCAGAACGUCAAUUUAGUCGUCACGACUGCCUGGCUUCGCGAGUAAGUCUUGCCUUUUCACGUACCACGAUUCUUCGUGUGAGUGGCUGUGAGUGGCUGUGCGAAUGCUGACAUUUGCAAACUUAUGGAACCGCAGCCGCUUCUGGAAUAUCUGCCAGGCGCACGGCCUCGUUCACAGAGAUUCAGGCCCUGAACUCAGCCCCGCUUACCCCUUCAAGAUCUUGCGCGAACUCGUCGACAUGUUUGAUCACUUCAAAUCAUCAGACACCGACGCGGCACUCGACUGGGGGGCGAAAUUGUACGACAUGGCUAUGACGGGUAUCCGCAUCGUCUCACAGGAGCAACUCGUGCUCACGCCCAAGUCGACAUCACCGAACUCGGUCAACGAGUCGAUCCGGUCGCCACUCAAGCAACAGCUCAUGCCGAUCCUGUUCAAGAUUCUCGGAUUGCUCACCAUGGUGUGUCCUCAUAUCAUAUGAAUUGUGUCUUCCCUGUUCAAAUAAAUGGGCACUGAUUCGCAUCCUCUGUGUGGUCUCUUACAGUACAAGCAUGCCCAAGACAAGCUCUUGCCGGACCUUGUGAAAGCUCUCGCUACCAUCUCUUAG